UCGGCGAGAAGUGUUCUUGCGCAAGAAAGUGAAAAAUUUUCUCUCGAAAAUCAGUUUUAGUGUUCCGUACCGGGUAUUGUUACUUUUUGUACCGUAGAUUCGAAAAAGCUGUCUGCUUUUCUCUUCUCGACGUACUCGCCAUGUCGACGUAUCUGGCCCUGCGAGCCGCACUGAGCCCGAUCGCGAGGAAGACGGUCGCCCAGAUCCUGUCCGUAGGCAGCGGACUGCACAUUGCACGUAAUGGUGCGGCGGUGCUGCAAUCGCAUGCCGUUCCGGUGAGAUUUUACGCCGAGAAGGAGGUGUUCAAGCGCGACAAACCACACUGCAACGUCGGAACGAUCGGGCACGUCGAUCACGGCAAAACGACGCUGACGGCCGCAAUUACGAAGGUGCUGGCCGAUAAGGAUCUGGCGGAAAGCAAAAAGUAUUCCGAUAUCGACAACGCACCGGAGGAGAAGGCCCGCGGCAUCACGAUCAAUGUGGCUCACAUCGAGUACCAGACGGAAAGCCGUCACUACGGUCACACCGACUGUCCCGGGCACGCCGAUUACAUCAAAAACAUGAUCACCGGCACGGCGCAGAUGGACGGUGCGAUUCUGGUGGUGGCCGCCACGGACGGUGCUAUGCCGCAGACCCGGGAACAUUUGCUGCUAGCGAAGCAAAUCGGCGUGAACUACAUUGUGGUUUUUAUCAACAAGGUGGACGCGGCCGAUCAGGAGAUGGUGGACCUGGUCGAGAUGGAAAUUCGUGAGCUAAUGUCGGAGAUGGGCUUCGACGGUGAUAAUGUACCGGUGAUUAAGGGUUCGGCCCUGUGUGCGCUCGAAGGCCGCGAACCAGAAAUGGGAGCCAACGCGGUGAUGAAGCUGCUCGAGGAGGUUGACAAAUACGUUCCGACACCGGUACGCGAGCUGGACAAACCAUUCCUGUUGCCGGUUGAAUCGGUGCACAGUAUUCCCGGCCGUGGUACGGUAGUGACGGGACGUUUGGAGCGUGGAACGGUGAAGAAGGGUCAAGAAUGUGAAUUUGUUGGCUACAAUAAGGUUAUCAAAUCCACCAUCACCGGAGUCGAGAUGUUCCACAAAAUUCUCGAAGAAGCACACGCCGGCGAUCAGCUCGGAGCACUGGUGAGAGGCAUUAAACGUGAUGACAUCAAGCGUGGCAUGGUCAUGUGCAAGCCGGGUACGAUGAAGGCAAACGAUAACUUCGAGGCGCAGGUGUACAUUCUCAGCAAGGAUGAGGGCGGCCGCCACAGACCAUUCACCAGCUUUAUCCAGUUGCAAAUGUUUUCCCGCACUUGGGACUGUGCGACGCAGGUGAUCAUUCCCGGUAAGGACAUGGUGAUGCCCGGCGAAGACGCUAAGCUGCAGUUGCGGCUGAUGAGACCGAUGGUGCUGGAACAGGGCCAGCGCUUUACCCUCCGUGACGGUCACAUUACGCUCGGUACGGGUGUCGUCACGAACCUACUGACACCGCUUUCCGAAAAGGAGCGACUAUCGCUGACGGAGGGCAAGAAGGCCCGUGAAAAAGCGGCAGGUGCCAAAGCGUAAACCGCCAGAAGGCCAUUUUGCUACGAGCUCCAAAGUGUCGGUGUGUGUCUGUUAAGCUAAGUGAACGAAACCCGGUAAGCUAGUUGUUUAGAAUGGAAAAAAAUGGAAAAUUAAACUGUUCCACCCAAUCGAUAGGCAGGGUGAGAUCCAA